GGCCAUUCGCCUUGUGAAAUGUCCCCUCCAGGCUUCCGUAGAACCGCUCCAGUUUUGUUGACAUUUUUUCUUCCUCCAUCAGCUGACUGUCCACGAGUUAUCUUCCCCAGUUUACACACAUCUCAGCACAAACACACACCCAGACGCCAACAUGACACCGUGCCGACACUGCCUGUCGGCUCUCACACGCCCCAGAAGGUCAAACAGCCGCUGUCACUGCGGCCAAAGCGAGCGCUAGCUGGUUAGCUCGUUGCUAAUGCUAGCGGGGAAGCUAACAGGCUAAGCUAGCCGAUGUGAGGCGCAGCCAUGGAGGGGGUUCUGUACAAAUGGACCAACUACAUGACAGGCUGGCAGCCACGCUGGUUCGUCUUAGAGAACGGAGUCAUCUCUUACUACGACAGCGAGGACGACGUUGGUAAAGGAAGCAAAGGAUCCAUCAAGAUGUCCGUGUGUGACAUUAAAGUUCAUCCGUCGGAUCCGACUCGUCUGGAGUUGAUAAUCCCCGGCGAGCAGCAUUUCUACGUCCGAGCUGUGAACGCCGCAGAGCGACAGCGGUGGCUGGUGGCUUUAGGCUCGUCCAAAGCUGGAACACUGGACAGUCACAAACACAAAGGUCCAGACUGUCUGAAGACGAAGAUGUCUGAACUCCGUCUGUACUGCGACCUCCUCGUCCAGCAGGUCCAAACCAUCCAAUCACAGCACACUGCUGACACAGAGGAAACGCCCACUUCUGAGGCCUCUCUACUAAGUGCAACCUGUGCAACUUUCAUCAGGACUUUAGAGGAGUGUAUGACCCUCGCCAACCAGAGUUUGGCCCCUGACCUGCGACCUCCUGAAAGGAUGAAAAGGUCAAUCAGUCACCCUGGAACGUACAGCUUUGACAGGUCAGGUGUGCUUAAGGAGUACCUGAGUGGAGGUCAAAGGUCAACUCAGCGCAGGAACCGGACGUGCUCCGACAGCUCGGUUUAUGAUACUGAACGUGUGAUGCCCAGUGUCAACGGAGACUCGUCCUCCAUUCCUGAAGAGAGAGGAGGCAGCUCAAGUCCAAAGACCACACCCACUGACACAGACACCGACCUGUCCAUCUGAAGACCUGACAUCUGGACUCCGUGAGAGGUCAAAGAUCAAUAUCAGACACUGUGACUGGAUAUUGACGUCAUCUUCAUUAAACAGAGCGAUGAGUUGACAGACAUCGAUCUCCUCUUGGAUUAUCCUUCUUCUACCUUUGUCCUCUGAAGUGAGCUGAUUGCCAAACACGUGCACUUUGGAAAUCGUAAUGAAUGUUUGGUUUUUACCUGAAGGCUGUUUUUCCAAGUGUUUCAGUUGCACUGGAGAGACAGAAAAGACCUGAGACAUCGUGAUUAUAAAGUAUACGAUGCUUUGACCUGCUGAGCAAAAAUGGAAACACUCAUGGAGAUAACGGCAGGCCCGGAUUGGGAAGGGAUUGUGACCUGAAGCUCAAAUCCCGGACAAAUCUGUGAACAAAUGAAUGAAACUAGUUACUGUUAGAGCAGUUUACCUGGACUUUCUGAGUGUUGACCAGAUGAGGACUGUGAUUUUCGUAGGCAGCUCCCUGACACAGUACGAACAAGAAUAACUGGUUUGUUUGUUCGCUGCUUUAAAAAAAAAAAAAAAAAAACAGACCUGAGAAUGUGCAGUUUUUUGACGAUUUGAUGGAACAUUUCAAUUCAACAGUAUUUUCUGCCUUUUUCCACAUGCUCAAGAACUUGCCAAUCGUCUUCUACAUUCUUCUUUCAGCUCCUCCAUAGUUGUGCUCGCCUGCUGAAAUCAAAGAUAAAAAAAAAAUGAAAGUACUCCGCCCCUCUUCCUGCUAGCUUCUCGUCUCUGAGGUCUGAGAGUCGCUGUGGAUGAAACUGAGAAAAAAAAACAGCAUCUCUGCAGGUUCCUUGGAGCCAGUUAUCUCUGUUAGAGUUCACCCACAGAGAGCUGAGGGUCAUCGGAUGCCAAAGUUUGCACAAACGUAACGACCAACAUUAAAUGUGCCAUCACUCCUUUUUACCCAGCAAAGCUUCUUCUCAAAAGUCUAACUGGUCGUCAGAUGAGAUGUGUUUCUAACAUUACAGAUACGUGUGAACGUGUGCAAGUUACUGCCUUUUUAUGUGUGUAUUUGAGUGUUUUCUUGCCUUUUUAUUUUUUUCUUGCUGAUGAAUUAUAGCCAAAUGGGAACCUAAAAAGACAAAGUACGGUGGCCCUGAGAGCUCAACUGCAUCUGUAGAAAACAUGAAAAGACAAAACACUAACAAAUUAAGAAAACACGAUCACAAAUCUGUUCUGUUAUGCUGCAUAGGCGUUUAUAGUAUCUAUUUCACGAUCAUGUUUGGUGUUUUGUUCGUUUGCUUUCUUUAGUUGCAGUGUGUUGAGCUCUCAGGUCCACCGUAAAUAACUUCUUUAUAAAUUAUUGAGUAUUGAAGUUCAACGUUGAGGUCAGAUGAUGCCUUUUUCCCCUGCCAAAGCUAACUACUUAGCAUUUUUGUGCUAAGUCUAAAACCGCCUCUACUAUUCCAUUAGUGGAGCAAAGAAGCGUCGUCUACAGCUGAUUAAUCAUAGUUACAUUUUAAAUAAAAACGUAUAGGAAAAGCUAAUUUUCAGGCGUAGGACAAAUCAAUCUACAGGUAAAACAUUUAAAUGAUGAGUUAGCAGUGAAAACACACCGACAGGUAUCUACAAACUAAGCUAGAGUUCAUGAAUCUAGUUUCCUGUCUUGAUAAAUCACCUUUUAAAAAAGGUGCAAUCAUUGAUUCUAAUCAAAUCCAUCAAAUAUGUCCUCAGCUGUCUGUUCUGUGUGAGCGCUAAAAACAUCUGGUGUUCAUCCAGAGCUCUGGCUAUAUGAAUGUGAGAUUAUUACAGCCAAUUGGGCAACGGUGAGGCGUUUGUGCCGUGGAUGUAGAGGAAGUAAACGGGGAGCGAGAGGGGACGUACGUGUUCAACAAUCAUUUUUCCCAGAACUUCUGACUCCACCUUGAAGUCUGCGCAGCGUCGUCUCGUGAACUGCUUUGCUGUUUAAACAGCAGACGUCACCUGAACAAACUGAAAGUAAACAACAGUGACAAGAAGAAACGCUCUGAUCUGGAUCCUGUUUGGUUUCCUUCACAUACGCAUAAAACACAUUUGACGCUAUAGUAUGUUUGUAUUUACCUUUUAAGACACUUUAAUAUAAACCUUUAAACAUGUUUUGGCCUGGGGAAUUAAGUCCAGACAAACUGACCACAGCUUGAACUUUUUUUUUUUAAAUGUUAAAACUCUCCAACCAAUCAGGUAUUUUCACAUUUAAACAGUUAUUAAAGUGCAUAAAAUGAAUUAAAUACACGUAGAGUAACUUUUCAGUGUGUAGCUGUGGUUGUUUUGCACUUUAGACUUAAAAAUAAUGUCCUUCUUUUGAAUGUUAGUGCUCUGAAAAAACAAAAAGACAAAAAGGUACUGAGGUGGGUGACGAUGAUUGUGAAACUGAUAUUAAUGUUUAAUUUGAGUUAAUGUCUUAUUUUGAAAGGGUGUUUUUGGAGUUGCAGCAGCCUUACAUGUAACGGAAAACUAUUUAAACUUCCUUGUAUACUUUCACCAAAAUGCGUGUUCAGUAUUUGUUAUGAACAGGCUCAGACUGUGUUUUCUUGGCUUCUGAUGUCAAAUAACUUGUGAUUUUAUAAUUAUUUAUAACAGCAUGUUAGUUCUAUAUUUUAUCUUAAAAUUAUCAUUUAUAUUUCUUUUUUUACUCGCUUAUCAGAUUAUUUUAUUUAUACACAAACAUAAGAUUGAUUUUGUAGUGAAAACUGUUAAAGGAGCUUGUAAAGUAGUUAAGAACAGGUACAAGUUAAUUGGUAAACAAAAGGUUAAUAUUUAAAUUACAAAGGGCAGAAUAGAUCAAAAAAUAAAUUAGUCAGCUAUUUAGAAUGAGCAUUUGCUGUAAAAUAUCCCCCAAAUAAAUACAUUUAUUUGAUUUUUCAUCAACUUUUAAUGACAAUUAAUGAAUUAAUUGUUUUGGAAGUUUAAGUCCCUUAAAUAUGUUUUCAUCUUUGACAAACGCUCUCUUAAAGGAAUAGUUCAACAUUUUUUGGGCAAUUUGCUUGAAGAUUGAUACCACUCUCAUUUGUCCGGUAAUUAAUCUGUAAUCUGUGUGGUUUUUCUAUGGAUCGAACAAACAAGAUAUAACAUGUUACCUUUGUUCAGAGUCAGGCUAGCAGUUUCCCCCUGUUCCCAGUCUUUGUGCUAAGCUAAGCUAACCGUCCCCUGGCUCCAGCUUCAUGUUCACAGUAGAGACAUGAGAGUGGUAUCAAUCUGCUCAUCUGAGAAAAGUGGAUAAACUAAUUUACCAACAAUGUCAAACUAUUCCUUUACAUCAACACAAAUGGCUUUGCUUCUUGUUUGGAGGAAGACAAACUGAAUUAAACUGCUGAAUUACAACUGAAUCAUAUUUUCUUUUGUUCAGUUUUUGGACAAACCAGCAGAGAGAUUUUUUUCAUGCCUUAAGUGUCUCUGCACGGAGUGACGUGUGUGGUUGUAUCAGACUUUGAAUUAUCUAAAUAAAA